AUGCACACCGCCCCAUCAACACAUCCAAAUCAAAUCCGCUCCGCUUGUGAGCGCUGUCGCCGUCAAAAGCUCCGAUGUUCUCGCCCUGUCGGCCCCAGCGCCACAUGCGCCCGUUGUUCCCGUCUCAACCUACACUGCCAGGCCGGUCUGCAGCGUCGCGUCGGGCGACCACCCAAGAAGGACGACGUGGUUGAAGCUGUGGAAAUCGUGCUUCGUAGCGGCCCCGAUUCGCCGCAGCCAAUGGAUGAUGGCAUGCAGUUUAUCCAGGGUCUGCUGGACGAUUCGACAUGGAAUCUUGACCCUUUCUGCGGUUAUUCGCCAGAAACUCUUCCGUUUCCUAUGGAAACAUGGCCUGCUGUGCAGACUCUCGAUGCCCAAGAUGUUGAGCAGCCCGUCAUCAGACCUAGUGAGCAGCUGUUUGAGAAAUUGUCAAGGCUGAAUGCGGAUAUCCACCGGGGAAGGGAAUUUGCUGCUCAAUUUGUGAGCAAUUCCGAUUUGCACGAAUUUAUUUGCAAGGUUCAUAGUACCAUGAAUGGUUAUGAGAAUGUACAGAUGGUCUUGAGGACGGCACAGGACUUUCUGGUUGUCCUGAAAACGCUGCAUCAACAGCUUGGCACGCGCUCUGUUUCCUGCUACGGCCGGCAGCCAUAUACAAACAAAAUGAUAAUGGCACUUACUGCAGAUACACCAACAUCUUCCGCUUCAUCACCACCCUUUCUCUCAUCCGGUGGUACAACGCCAACAUCCGGAAGCUCUGCUCCACGGCUUCCUCCCGUCUUUGAUUCACCAACCAUGUUUCUCAUCAUAUCUUGUUACGUCCAACUCAUCAAGCAUCUUGAAUUUGUCCUCAAAUUAAUCUUCAACUCAAUAUCGGACCCACGACGGGAUCUGAUUGACUCAGCUCCCAUGGCGUUUGCUGAGGUACCACUGAUUGAGCCAUCGACCCAAUUUGUUCUCUUCUCCGAGCUGCUUCGGCAUGUUAUGAGUCAGAUUAAUCUGCUGGUCGGGUUUCCUAGCCCUUGGUCCAGCAAGACUGCUUGGACAGGUUUGAUGACGUGUCAAAGAUACAAGGAUAUGCUGAAUUCUGAGCUGGGUGUUGUGGAAGACGGGUGGACAACACGGCCAAGUAAGUUGAUGGAGUUGAACAGAAUAACCAAAGGCAUGCUUGAUGAGCUUUCCAUGGUGGGAGUAUACUAA